GAAAACUAAAAAGUUCUAACAAAGAUAGCAGUAUUAGGAAGUUCGCGGCGCCGCUGCCUGACAAAAGAAUGUGGUGGUUUUAUUGGCGUUUGGGCGCACGCCACUGGCCGCGUGUUUAUGAAUGGGUCCCCUCCCUUGUGAAGGUGCCUUUAGCGCCGCCCCCCUGCCCUCCCGCAGGAUGUUGGGGUUACAGCCAGGGCGUGGGAAAAUCAUGGUGUGGGAAAGAGUGGGUGGCCUCGGCGAUUCUCAAACAUUUGAUACUGAGAGAUGUAAUUCAGACCGCUGGACGAGAUUAGGUCUGUUUUCCUCUGAUUUGAUGAUUCUUCGCAUCUAAAUCAUGGGAACUGACUGACGUUCGUGUCGCGGUCGUUCAUCGCCGCCUCAGACCGUGGGAAUUUUUUCCAUCAGACGCCUCGAAUUAUUUACCAGAAAAUAUAUUAUGGGAGUUCACGGUCUGUGGAGGCUCAUCGAGCCUUCCGGCAAACCCGUGCCUCUGGAAUCUCUCGAAAACAAAGUGUUAGCUGUCGAUGUCUCGAUUUGGUUGCACCAAAUCGUCAAGGGGUUCCAGGACGCCAAGGGGGCCGCCGUCCCCCAUGCGCACCUGCUGGGGAUCUACCACAGAGUAUGCAAAUUACUCUAUUUCAGAAUCAAGCCGGUGUUUGUCUUCGACGGAGGCGUCCCAGUUCUCAAAAGACAAACCAUAGCGUUACGCAACCAGCAAAAGUCCAAAACCUUGUCCGAGGCGGACCGCAUCCACAAAAACCUCCUAUCAGCCUUAGUCAAACACACCGCGAUUAGCAAAGUCUUGUCCGAAAAAGCCAAAGCGGCAAUAACCGCCUCAACUUCUCCCACUAAAAAAUCAAAACAAGACGAUGACGAGCUUUACGCCUUGCCCCCGUCCCAGUCUCUCGACUCCACAUUGUCACAAAGUGACUCGGAUUCGGAAGACUCGGGGCUUCCCCGAUACGACUUGCAUUCAAUUGACACGGAAAGUGCCGAAUUCAAGUCGCUACCGGCCGACGUCCGGCACGAAAUCCUCUCCGACUUGAAGGACACACGGAAGCAGUCUUCAUGGGGGCGCAUCCACGAAAUGCCCACUCAAAGUGACAACUUCUCCACCUAUCAAAUGAAACGACUCUUGAAGAGGCAGUCGGUGCAAACCGCCCUUGAAGACGUCGAAAAAGAAAUGGGGGGCCAUUCUCUAUCGCUGGGCGAGCUGGAAAAAUUGCUCAAAGACCAGGGGGUUAUAACGAACUUGAAAGGCAGUCGGAUCGCUUCGGACGAAAACACGCGGUUUCUUUUAAUCAAAGACAUCAAGCAGGCCGUGGAGGAGGCCAAAAAGCAGGAUUUACCAACGAUUGAAGAAAGCGAAGAAUGCGACGAGGGACAGAAUGUGAAGAAUAAAGGGGAGCAAGAAUUUGAAGACGAUUUGAAGAAGGCCAUAGCCUUGUCUUUGGAGGCGGAACCGUCGACAUCAAAAACGAAAGACAAUCGGGAGGAACCGUCCAGUUCUAGGGGGAAGAAACGAUUGUCGUUAUCGUUUCUUGAAGAUGCUGAUUUUGGAAAUUCGGACUCCAGUGAAGAAGAAGAAGUAAUUCGUACGAAGUUAACACCAGCUCAGAGAUACAUGAUGGAGUACAGUGGGCUGACUCCCAGCGAAAUUGCCAAAAUUAUUGCCAGUAAAAGUGGAGCAAUGAAGAAAGUCAGUGAAGAGAGUAGUUCUGGUGUUUCUAGUAGCAUUAUUAAAGAACCUGAAGAAAGGAAAGAAGAAACAGAUAAAGCCAGUAGUAGUUCUGAUAUUUCUAGUAGCAUUGCUAAGGAACCUGAAGAAAGCAAAGAGGAAGCAGAUAAAACUGGUAGUAGUUCUGAUAUUACUAAGGAUAAUGAAGAAAUAACAGAAGAAACAGACAAGACUGGAAGUACAAAUGUUUGUAGUGAAAUUACCAAAGACAGUAUUGAAGAUAUUGCGGAAUUAGAUGAAGAUAAAGUUACCACUUCUAUCGUCAGUGAAGAUACAGUUGAGGUGAUGUCAGAUUCUGCCUCUAGCAACGAUGAGGACUUUGUAGAUGUAGAUGAAGAAAAGGAGAAGAAAAGUACCAACGGAGAGAUUGCUAUGGAGGUCGUGAUAAAGCCAGAUGAAGAAAUUGAAGACGAUCUCUUCAAGGACGUAUUUGAGGAAGUUGAAGAGAAAACGGAGGUUUCAAGUAGUACUGAAGAUGCUUUUAAAGAAGUGGAGAAAGAAAAACCAAUUGAAGAGAGACCGUCAGGUCAGUCACUCAAAGAUAAGAUCGAGAAGAUGGUCCAAGCAUAUACGAAACCUCAUGAAGAAAAUGAAGAAAACAAAGCGAAUACUGAAUUAACAGUUGAGCAACUGAGCGAAAUGAGAGACAAUUUAAGAAAGGAACAAACAGAACUGUUAGUAGAGAAGCAAACAAAAGAAAGAACUGCGGGAAACAUCACUGAACAAAUGUUCCAAGAAGCCCAGGAACUCCUGGAAUUAUUUGGGGUGCCCUACAUUAUAGCCCCCAUGGAGGCCGAGGCUCAGUGCGCUUUCCUGGAGCUGAUUGGUCUCACGGACGGUACCAUAACCGACGAUAGCGACAUUUGGUUGUUUGGGGGAAAAACCGUUUACAAGAAUUUUUUCAACCAAAACAAAGUUGUGAUGGAGUUUAAAUCGGACAACAUCCAGCACCAUUACAAAUUGACAAGGGAACAAAUGAUCCUCCUGGCCAUGUUGGUGGGGAGCGACUACACCACUGGCUUGACUGGGGUGGGUCCAGUGACGGCUCUGGAAAUUUUGGCCGCUUUUCCGCCGAAAAAUCAACUCAUUUCGGGUUUGGCAGAGUUUAAAAAUUGGGUCAUAAAGGGAAAAAUGCCCGCUCCUGGCCGGACCUCACUUCGCAGCAAGUUGAAAAAUGUUAGUUUCACGGAGAAUUUUCCGAAUCCGCAGAUCGUUCAAGCCUAUCUGGAGCCCCAAGUUGAGACAAGUAAGGAGAGUUUCACGUGGGGGAAGCUUGACGUUUUUGGGUUAGUGGAGUUUGCGAGACAAAAGUUUGGUUGGACGAAAACCAAGACUGAGGAGAUUCUUAAUCCGAUUUUGAGGCGAAUGGGGGAGAGUAAGAGUCAGAAGGCAAUUACUGAUUUUUUCAAGGUUGAGUAUAGAGUGGAUUCGGGGGGGAUGGAGAAACAGAUGAGUAAGAGAGUUAAGACUGCUCUUGAUAAGAUAGGGAAAGGGGGUGGAUUCGAGGAGGAGGAUGAACCGAAGAAGAAGAAGAAGAAAAGAGGAGGGAAGAAGAGUGAAGAUGAGGAAAUUAAAAUUUUGAAGGCGACCACAGUUAGGUCGAAGAAGCGGGUGGAAGAAAUACACCAAGAGGUUCAAAAAGAGAUUGAAGAACGCAAAGAUAGGACGGUUAAUCUACAAAGGUUACACAAAAAGGAGGUCAUUCCUCAGAAACAAAAGGAUAAAGCCGAAAUGUUAAAAAAUCGAAUCAAAGCCGUUGAAACUUUUCGAAAGUCAAAGCAAGGUCCUGGUUACGUGAAAAAGAGAGGGAAAGUGAAGAGAGAGCCACAAAAAGAUUCGAGUUAUUUAUCUGAAGAUAGUGAUUAGUUCGUUACCGUUUUGAAUAAAAAUAUAUUUUUUACUUUU